GCAAAAAUUUGAGAACAAAUCUCGGAGAUCAAACCGUCUACACCUUAAUUAUUUCUUAUUAUCUCCGGGGUCUGAUCGGAUCGGAUCGGAGAAGAAGAAGGAGUAUAUAUGGGGGUUUUGGCAUGCGUAGCAGUGAUUUCACCCUUCCCAUUCUACUAUUGGCUAUGGAGGUAUCCCCAGACAUGGGUGGAUCUUUGCGGAAAAGGGCGAGACCCAUCUCACGUGAUGGCCAUGGUGUCUCACGUGCUGAAGCUGCUGCAGUUCGCCGCUAUUCUCUCGGUAUCCACGUUUUCAUGGCCGCCGCCUCUCUACUUCUGGCCGCUUUUCCUCUCCGGCCAGUUCCUCAACCUGAGGGUAUACCAAUUGUUGGGGGAGUCUGGGACAUAUUACGGUGUGAGGUUCGGGAAGAACAACAUUCCCUGGGUGACGCAGUUUCCGUUCGGAGUAAUUAAGGAUCCCCAGUAUGUCGGCAGCAGUUUAAGCCUUGUGGGUUGUCUGUGUUGGGUUCCCUAUCCAUAUGUUCUGCUUUGGAUCCUCGGAUAUGUUUUUAUGAUUCGCGUAGAAGCUAAGGAAGAUCCGGAUUCUCGUGCCAAGCCCAUGAGUUAGCAGAUCGGAGAGACAAGAAUUUAUGAUAAUGAUGAAGAGAAGAGCCUCUGAUCUAAAGCACAACCAGGCUUGUUCUUUAAUUUGUGUUGUUUAAUGUUUUGGGCUUUUCCUAAUCCUUGUCUUGAAAGUCAUGUAUGAUUUAUGAUUGUGGUAUGUUAGUUAUGGUUUUAGCAGUUGAUACUCAAAUCUAAAUCACUCAUCUCUAUUGCACUUUAAAUGCCAAAGAGGCAUCUGGAACUA